GGUUGGUGUACAUGUAAGCGAGUGCAUUGAUUGCAUAUAGAUGUAUAUGUAUGCGCUGUCGGAUAUUCGCUCGUCUACCUAGCUGUAACAUUUGGACCGAUUAGCCAAUAGGUGAGGCGCCACCAACUGGCCACGCAAAGUGUUUUAUUAACUGCUGAUAAGAGCCGCAAGCUCAUUCACAAUGAUCUCGCUCUCGACUCAAGCAACCAUCAACAACACCAUUUCCACUCAUAAUUCUUAUCUGAGCAACGACAGUAAUACUCAUUUAAAACAUACCGCAAGCAAGUUGCGGACCAUUUUGGCGCCGUACCGCGUGCUGAAGGAGAUGUUACGCUCUGGCGAAGCGGUUCAUCCUCCUCAUACUUGUUUGUUUUACUUUCGGGCUUAUAUACGUUUACUUGGACUUUGGCCGGCGGAGCGUGCUGUGGAGAAUCCAUUGUACUAUGCUUUUAAUGUACUGAUUAUGUUGCUUUUUGGCUUCUUUACGGUAACAAUCAUUUGCGAUCUUUAUGAGGCUAGCAGUGAUUUUGUUUUGUUUGGAGAAGAUUUGGUGGUGGUUUUGGGUCUCUGCUUGAUAUUUUUCAAAAUGAUACUCUUUCGGUUGGGGAAUGCUGAUACCGAUAUCAUAAUUAAUGAAUUCGACGCCCUUCAUGUUAAACAUUUUAAUGAAUCACAUGACAGUCCGCGUAACCGACGCACCCGUCAAUGGCAAAGAAGUUUCUUUUUCGGUGAAAUGUGUUUCUUCUCUGGUUUUUACAUCCUCAGCCUAUUUCUUUUUGCAGCUAUGAGCCUACAACCACUCCUCUCUCAACAAAUACUUCCCUUUCGAUGUAAAUUCCCUUUUGGUUUAGAUGAUCCGGAUGAACAUCCAAUGGGUUUUGUCUGUGUUUACUUUUUUCAAUGUUUUUGCACGCUAUAUAUGUUGGUGGCCAUAGUAGUAAUGGAUUCUCUUGGUGGCAACUCCUUUAACCAGACAACAUUGAAUUUACGUAUAUUGUGCGAAAAUAUGAGGAAUUUGGGUAACGGUUCAACAUCCGAACUAGUUGUGUGGAGGAAGUUAAAAGAGACGGUUGAAUUCCAUCAACAAAUUAUUAAAUUAAUGAAUCGUAUCAAUCAGACGUUUUAUUGGAACUAUGUCUCACAAAUGGGUGCUAGCACUUUCAUGAUAUGCCUCACAGCGUUUGAAGCUCUGUUGGCGCAGGAUAAGCCAAUGGUCGCCUUGAAAUUUCAGACAUAUAUGUUCUCUGCCUUUAUGCAGUUAUUAUACUGGUGCUGGAUGGGGAAUCGAACUUAUUAUGAUUCAAUGGAAGUGGCAACUGCGGCCUAUGAGGUGCGUACAUGGUAUCGGCAUUCACCACUCUUGCAGCGACAACUAAUAUUCAUUAUAAAACGAGCACAAAAACCCUUGGAAUUUCGUGCAAAACCACUAUUUGGCUUUACAUUCGCUUCAUUUACAAGUAUCCUGAGCACAUCAUAUUCUUACUUUACCUUGCUGCGCACUAUGAGUGACUAAAAACAUGUUCUGCUACUUAAAUUGAAUAAAAUUCUAAUAAUUUGAAAUAAUCAGAAUAUUAAGUUGUGCCAAAUAUAGAAUAUUCUUACUUAACUCUAAAACUGCUGUCAUCAUCCGCGGUCAGUUACAAAAUUUGCCAAAAUUUCCAUUUGGUUUCUCGUCUGCAAUAGACAGGCUUGUUACUACCUCCUGUCCUUGUUACCGCUAUUCUAAUGAGUUACUAGACAAUAAAACAGUCAAUCGGCACAUUGAAGAUUACUUUAACUGGAUCAACUUCAAUAAUAUUACUCACUUGAACGCACGAGCUGAUGUUGGUCUGUGAACUCGUUUUAGUUAUGUGGCAGGGAUGCUAUAUCGUACAAC